AUGGCUUCAAGCGGGAACGACCUACCUCCCACGGAGCCCGACCCCAAGUCGAGCAGUGAUUACAUCCAGUUCAAAUGCAUGCCCCCCGGAGGUCCCUUGAACAGGUGGUCGACGACACUAACCCGCGGCCAUGAUUACCCCGGUGCUCAGGCCAUGCUCUACGCAUGCGGCGUGCCGGACCCAACUGUGAUGAAGAAUGCCCCCCAAGUCGGUGUUGCAACAGUUUGGUGGGAAGGCAAUCCAUGCAACACGCAUUUGAUGGAAUUCGGCCAGAUCGUCAAGGCCGCCGUCGAGAAGCAGGGCAUGCUUGGCUGGCAGUUCAAUACUGUCGGCGUCUCAGACGCUAUCACCAUGGGCGGCGAGGGAAUGCGCUUCUCCUUGCAAACAAGAGAGAUCAUAGCGGACUCCAUCGAGUCAGUAACGUGCGGCCAGCACCACGACGCCAACAUCUCCAUCCCCGGCUGCGACAAGAACAUGCCUGGAGUCGUCAUGGCCGCCGCCCGCCACAACCGGCCCUUCCUGAUGAUCUACGGCGGCACCAUCCGCAAGGGCCACUCCGCCCUCCUCGAGAAGGAGAUCAACAUCAGCUCCUGCUACGAGGCCUCGGGCGCCUACACCUACGGCAAGCUUCACGCAAAGACCAACCCCGGCGAGCCCGGCCGCACCAGCAGCGACGUCAUGGACGACAUCGAGCGCCACGCCUGCCCCGGCCCGGGAGCCUGCGGCGGCAUGUACACGGCCAACACCAUGGCCACGGCCAUCGAGGUCAUGGGCCUCACCCUCCCCGGGUCCAGCUCCUACCCGGCCAUGUCCCCCGAGAAGCGCCGCGAGUGCGAGAGGGCCGCCGAGGUCAUCAAGGUCGCCAUGGAGAGGGACAUCCGCCCCCGCGACCUCAUCACCCGCCGCAGCUUCGAGAACGCCCUGCGCUUGACCAUGAUCCUCGGCGGCUCCACCAACGGCGUCCUGCACUUCCUCGCCAUGGCCAACACCGCCGGCGUCGAGCUGACCCUCGACGACGUCGCCCGCGCGAGUGACAGCACCCCUUUCCUGGCCGACCUGGCCCCGAGCGGCAAGUACUACAUGGAGGACCUCUACAACGUCGGCGGCACCCCCUCCGUGAUCAAGAUGCUCAUCCACCGCGGCAUCCUCGACGGCGGCAUCCCGACCGUGACAGGGAAAACCCUCGCCGAGAACGUCGCGGACUGGCCCUCCCUGGACCCCAAUCAGCAGAUCAUCCGGCCCCUCGAGAACCCCAUCAAGUCGUCGGGCCACAUACGCAUCCUCCGCGGCAACUUCGCCCCCGGCGGCGCCGUCGCCAAGAUCACCGGCAAGGAGGGCACCAGCUUCACGGGCAAGGCGCGCACGUUCAACAAGGAGCACGAGCUCGACAUCGCGCUGAGCAAGGGCGACAUCAGGGCCUCGGAUGGCAACCUGGUGCUGAUUGUGCGGUACGAGGGCCCCAAGGGCGGCCCGGGCAUGCCGGAGCAGCUGCGGGCGAGCGCCGCCAUCAUGGGCGCGGGCCUCUCCAACGUGGCACUCGUCACGGAUGGGCGGUACAGUGGCGCGUCGCACGGCUUCAUCGUCGGACACGUGGUGCCCGAGGCUGCUGUGGGAGGGCCCAUUGCGCUGGUCAGGGACGGGGACGAGGUGACCAUUGACGCCGUCACAAACAGGAUCGAUGUAGCCAUCAGCGAGGAGGAGUUCGCAAAGAGGCGGGCUGAGUGGAAGAGCCCCGAGCCGCAUGUUAGAAGGGGAGCCCUUGGCAAGUAUGCUCGUUUGGUCGGAGAUGCUAGUCACGGUGCCAUCACGGACGGUUGGUGA